AUGUGGGCUACGUGUCCAGGAAGAAUUCAACUUGAACGUGGCGAGGCAGAAGAGUUAGACUUGGAAGAGAUGAGAAAGACUGCGACUUGGGGACGAGAGACAAGGCAAAAAUUGAUCCGCUAUUCUUUUCAGAAGAGCUCUAAAUUGUCCAUACUAAAGCCCAACAUAAAAAUGGAUCUUACCUAUUCUGCAUGGAAGGAACGAGUGAGGACACGAAAUUACAUCUUGUCAAAACCUGAUCAAGAGAAGCCGUCCACCUUCACUAGGCUGUAUAGGAAAGUGGUGAGGAAUUGGAAAAAGUCCACAAUGGACGAAACCCAAACACCCAAAGGCCAAAGUUCUCCCAUGAACUGCACUAUAUUUUCCAGUAGUUUGAAUCAGAAGUACAUGUCAUCAGAUUAUGAGUAUUCAAUUCCAAGACGAGGGUCUUUGAGAGAUUCUGAAGAAUCUUCACUAGCUUCAAUUGUCAGUCCAGGAUCAGGCAUCAUUCCUUUAAAAAAGGAUCACUCUUUUCGACGUCAAAAAUCUCAACUGAGUCGUUAUUCUUAUAAACCUGCUGAUUUUGGAGCAAUAUUUGACAAUCUUCCAGAAUCCACUGACAACGACAGUCAAACAUUCAUUGCUUCUCCUCUGAGUGAUUCAAGUCCAAACCAAGACCUAUGGAAUCAUCUCCCCAUUAGACCGUUCAGAGCAAUAGAUGAUGGACUUGAAGUAGAAGAAAGUGACUAA